UAAAUCGAACAUGACUCUCUAAAACUGAAGGUUUACUUGAGAUACCGUCCACAAUCCCUUUAAGAUGAUAUAAAUAUGUUACUUGUAGACCCUCCUGAAGGACCCAUCAUUCACGGGUACAGCAGCAGUACAGUGUACAAGGAGGGGGAUCUUAUAAAUAUUACAUGCCAGGCAUUAGGUGGAAACCCUUCACCAACAGUGUUCUGGUUUAAAGGUGUAAACAAUACAAAGGAGGACAUUCCUUUCCAUAAACAGGAUGAUGGUACCUACUCUAACCUUGAACUACGAGCUACCAGUGCCGAGCAUGGGUCAACCUACACCUGUCAUGCUUGGAAUAAUAUUACACAAAUCAGUCUACCCAGUAUUCCUAUCUACCUUAAUAUUUCAUUUAGCACUGAUGUAGUUCUGCUCGAGGGUCCAGACUUUGUUGAGCUUGGAAAAUCCAUUCAGUUGACUUGCUCGGUAAGAAUAAAUAUUGUUUGAAUUAAAUCAAUGUUAUAAAAAACGAAAUAUAAAC